UGUUGCAGUCACAAGUUGUCCACUCGCUGAUGUUGAGCGCACCUGUUGUGAACCUGGAGUCUGUAUGACCAUCGUUAAGAUGUCUUGGCACCCUCCGUACCGCAGCUCUAAGUUCCGGCAUGUUUACGGUAAACCAGCGAGCAAAGAUCAAAGCUAUGACGGCCUGCCAAUCACACGAGGCGUCCAUGACAACCACUGUUGUGCUGUCAACCCACACUUCAUCGCAGUGGUUACGGAGUGUGCCGGGGGCGGAGCCUUCAUCGUCAUCUCCAUCCGACGUACGGGCCGUGUCGACCCCCAUCACCCCCGCGUGUGCGGGCACAGGGCCAGAGUUCUGGAUAUAAAGUGGGACCCCUUUAAUGACCACCGCAUCGCCUCCUGCUCCGAGGACUGCACGGUUAAGGUGUGGGAAAUUCCGGACAGCGGUUUGAAGGAAAACCUCAUCUCGGCGAGGAAGGAGCUGCUCGGGCACAGCCGCAGAGUGGGCCUCAUCGAGUGGCACCCAACGGCCAAAGACAUACUGCUGAGCUCGGCGUACGACUACCAGGUGUGUGUGUGGCGCCUGGAUGGUGCGGGUGUAGUGGUGAAGACCCCUGUGUGUGUGAUCCGUGUACACACUGACCUGGUGCUCUCGGUGGGCUUCAGUGAGGACGGCAGCAGACUGGCCACAACCUGCAAGGACAAGAGUGUCCGCAUCAUCGACCCGCGCACAGGACACCUGCUGCAGGAAUCCUGUGGUCAGUCUCAUAAGGCCAGUAAGGUUUUGUUCCUGACUGACCUGAACCUGCUGCUGACGACAGGAAACUCUCGCUGGAACCAGAGGCAGUUCGCUCUGUGGGACCCGGAGGACCUGACCGAGCCUCUGCUGGAGGAGGACGUGGACGGAGGUUCUGGAGUUCUCUUCCCUUUUUACGACCCCGACACACACAUGCUGUACCUGGCCGGCAAGGGUGAUGGGAAUAUCCGUUAUUAUGAGGUCAGUGCAGAGAAACCCUACAUUCACUUUCUAGCUGAAUAUCGUUCUCUCCUCCCACAGAGAGGCAUGGGUGUGAUGCCGAAGCGUGGGCUGGACACUAAGCAGUGUGAGAUCUUCCGGUUCUACAGGCUGGUGUGUGUAAAGGACCUGGUGGAGCCUCUGUCCUUCAUCGUGCCGCGGAAGUCUGACGGCUUCCAGGAGGAUAUUUACCCGAUGACGGCCGGCAACGAGGCGGCCAUGACGGCUCAGGAGUGGCUGACGGGUCAGAACAAAGGGCCGGUACUGAUGUCGAUGCGGCCUAGUACUAAAGUCCAGAACCCGUACCCGGCUCCGGUGGACAGUGGGCUCGAGCGCUCAGCCAGCAGCGCGUAUCUCAGCGGGCCGAACAAGCUCUUCCUUCAGGAGGUCAAUCAGAACUCAGAACAUGACCUGACUGACCUGACGGGAUGGCAGGAGGACGAGACUCAGUGGGUCAGCGCUCGCUCCACACCCAGCCGGGGGGUGAGGUGGUGUGAGUCGGCAGCGUUCCCACCGCCUGCAGCCGAGAAGGAGCUGCUGCAGGUGUUCUACAGCCAGCAGGAGGAGAUCAGGUCACUGCGGGAACAGCUGGAGCACAGGGACAGCAGGAUACAGCAGCUGGAGCUGGAGAUGAAGAACAUCCGCAACCAGCUCAGAGCCUCAUUCUAAAGCAUAGCUGACCGUAACUGGACAGGACCAAGUACAGUGAGUCUCAACGACCAAUCAAAUCACUUUCUGAGGUGGUCAGUGCUGCAUAUGACCACCAGGGUUAUUAUACUUCACUGAAGCCGUCACUAAAUUAAACACUAGCGGAGAAAAAUGUUCGAAGAAUAAAUGUUGUGAAACGUAAUGAAACAGAAACACUUUCAGAAUCAAAACUGGACGUCAAUCACGAGUCUUCACGCAUUAGACACAUUAAAGCGGCAGGUGAAGGCGACUGUACGGCUAACUGUCCACUUACGAUCAGAACUAUCAAGACGGACUAACUCCACGUGUGAAGACUUACAGGCCUAGACUGCCUCCAGGGGGCGCCAGUGCCUCAGUGCUCCCUACUGAUUUUCACUCACUUAGGAAGCUCUUUUUAUUCCGGGACAAUCAAAGGGAAUUUUGUUUUCUGAACAGCGUAAUUGUUACGACUGAACGCCUUUUUGGUUGGAAAAUAAAGUUUAAAAAUUCCAAAGAUUUGAGUCUCUAA